CCUUCCGAUUUCCUUUAUUCCAGUGCUAUAGCUUUCUACUACUUUUUCACAGAUCGUUUCUUUCGCGAGCUAGCAAGAUGGCAUCCAUCCCUACUGAGAGCUGGGACUGCAACUUGGAGGACAAAAACUUGGAAAGGCUCGGGGUGGCGCCGGAGGUUGACGGCGCCCUUCUCAUGGAAUUGCUCGAGGAGUCAUACGCCGACGAGGCCGAGGAUGACCAGCUAAGAUGCGUCAUGCGAUCUCUGGAAGCGGAGAUCAACCAUGCCGAUCCGAUGGUGCUCGGCGAUGGUGAGUCCACCACCGGCCCUCAUGGCGAUAUCGCGGAUGGUGGGAUUUGGGAGGAUAUAUUAUCGGAUUUUAAUAGCUAUGAUGGUUGGAGAUCGCCAGCAUACCUGGUAGAGGACCCUUUUGAUUUGGUGGACAUGGAGGUGGGUAAUGGCGUGGGGAAUUGGUGCAUGGAAGUAGGGGCGUGCGAGGGUGAUAUGGUUGCGUAUGGAGAGCUAAGAGAGUACGGUGGCUUUUACUAUGGUGAGGGCGCCAUGGAGCAAGCUUAUAGUCCGUUGUGGCAGUGAGUUUGAUCUUUGUACUUAGAGUCCGGGCGAUACGGCUGCAACCAGUUCAAAUCCGGGUGGCGUUCUCACCUCCCUUUACCUCAGAAAAAAAGGGACAAAAAAGAAGACAGUUGGACAGUCAAAUCGAUCAUUCAAACUGUUCGAAUUUUGUUGGGCGGAAAUUACAAAAUUUUCCUUUGUUUGGUUCGCUAA